AUGUCUGGCACUGUGGAUUCUCCGUCCCGCCUGCCCUCGAACCGUCCGAGGGCAGACGACGUACGUGACGAUGAGGCACCUUCCGCCAGUGAGCUUAUGGAGAUCGCGAGAAAGUCUCUAAUGACUGGGGCGAUGACCGGUGCUAUCGGUACGAUGGUUGGAGCCGGCGCUGGCAUCAUGCGGUCGGCGCCGCCUACGCUGUUCGCCUUGUUUGCCGGCUUCCAGUGGUUUACUCUCGGUUCUACUUAUAUAGCUUCGAGGAGCCUUCUUCGGAGUGCAUUGGGUGGCGAGGAAAAUCUCAGUCCUUCCGGCCUAGUUACAACGAGCGGAGUGGCCGGUAGCAUAUCCGGCACGGUUGGUGGCAUGUUCCGAGGUCCGAGGAAUAUCAUCCCGGGCAUGCUGGUCUUCGGGAUUGCCGGGACCGGCGGCUCGUAUAUUGCCCAACGGUUCCAGAGCAGACUCACGAAUGACAGGCCGGAGCCCACCUCGAGCUGGCUCGACUCGAAAUGGAAUCCUCUGAGGCGCCUAUCUGACGAGGAGUACAAGGAAAUGCUUGAAGCGAAAAUUCUCGCUAUCGACGCUGAUAUCUCUAUCAUUGAUGACAACAUCGCCGCUCUGCGGGCGUCUCAGAGCUCGUCGAGCUCGUCGAGCAUGUCAAGCCCACCCGAGGGGUCCAACACAACUAACGAAAAGUAA